AGCAGAAACUACUGAACCACAGUUCUGUCUUUCUCUCUCCUUUGAAAACAGAAGACACAAUAAAUCGUCAAACGCGUCCUUUGCUUAAGAAGGAGAGUUUGUCGGUUCCUUCCCACGGUAUUAAAUUAUAGGGAACUGCCCAAAAAAAUAAAAAUUCUUAAUCAAACAAAAAACGCAACCUUACCUCUCCUCUGCAUGCUUUCCUUGAACCAGUCUUAGUCCACGCCCGCCACCCACCUCAUUAUUUCACUCAUUCUUCUCUCCCCAAAAAAAAAAAAACAACAUCUUUUCUCUCAUCUAUGCAUACAAACCCGCAAGGCAAAGAAGGAACAUUCAGAAAGCGAUGAGCCGGUGGAUACGCGUGGCGGUGGCGGCCUCCGCCGUGGGAUGCGUGGCAACCCUUCUCUUGGUCUUCCUCUGGCGUUGGUGUCACAGAAGAAGGCACAGGAAUUUCGUGGAACCGACCAGAGUGGAGAACGUUCAGGGAGGGAUUGAAGAGGGUUUUGAGUUGGAUCAGGGAAACAAGAACAGCAAGGGAAGCUACAACAAUUAUUAUGUUUUUCGUGGCAGCGUGUCUGGGAAAAGAGGCUUGUUCAACUGGGGUGAUCAUCCAUCUAUGGCCGCUGAUGCCGUUGAAAACGGGUGGUCACGAUUUGCUUUCACGGGCUACAAGAGUUACACGCCGUCUCCUUCGAAAAGAUCAACGCUUUUAGGAGUUUGCGCUGCGCCGGGAAACGAUUCGGGGAGAGAGAGAGAGAGGGAAUCGGGGGCUGAGAUAAGCUGGGAAGUGUCACGUGGAUCUGCUGAGUUUAUGCAGAAGGUCAGGUUGAACCCUGGGAUCAAAAACUCUCAACAAAACCACAACUUAUCUAUGAAUGUUGCUUCUAUUAUCAGAGGGGCUUUGCCUCUGCCUGGGCCUCCUUUGGGGCACUGUGCUUUUCCGCAAGAGGCGUAUUUUGAGAUUACUAUUUUGUAUUCUCGUGGGGAUGAGGGUGAAUCGGUUUCUGGGAAGAGUAAGGAGGGUGAAAAGACCAAGCUUUUGGUUCAGGGUAAGUCUAAUGGUAAAGGGAAUUCGGAGGCUUUGGUUCAUGUUACUAGUGGGAAUGGUAAUAAAGUCAACAAUGUUGAAGGAGAGGGUGGGAAUGGGAAUGGGAAAGGUCAAUCUGUGAUGUUCUCGUUGGGGUUAACAGCAUUGGGUUCUGUUCCUUUGAGAUUUCCUGGUAGCUACCCUGGCAGCAUCGGCUUCAACUCCAACGGUUCUCUCUAUCUUGAUGGAAUGAAACUUGUACGUGAAUCGGAGAAGGCUGAAUGGGUAGGAACCGAUAGAGUGAUUGGUUGUGGGUUUGAUCCUAGACAGAAGAAGGUUUUCUUCACAUUAGACUCAGAGCUAAUGCAUGUAAUUCACUGCCAGACAGAGGAAUUUGGCACACCACUGUUUCCAAUCUUGGCUGCAAACAUAGACAUUAUGGUGUUAGUUAAUUUUGGACAAAGUGCAUUUAAAUAUGCACCUGCAAAUGCCCAGAGAACACCAAAUCCAUGCUUCAUAGCCCCACUUGUAAAUUCACCUGCUACAUUGGGCUAUGAUGACAGCAGGGAACUAUUCUCAAUGGGAAGGAUCGACUCUCAGUGGCUCAACCGGUCCACAACCAAAGGAAGCCACAACAAUGGAAAUAAUAAUAAUAAUAAUAAUAAUAAUAAUAUCAAUAAUAAUCGAACAUUGGAUUUUGAUGAGGAGUCUGAGGCUGAUCUAUUUGAAAUCGUCUUGGAUGGUUCUGGAAAAUCCCCACACACAGCAUCAUAGAUGACAACAAAGAGUGAACAUCGGUACAUUGUCUUGGCUCUGGCAUUCAACAUCAUGGUUGGUUGAUUGUCCCUAUGGUCUAUGGGACAUGGUUUUCUUUGCACAUACAAGAGUUUCGUGGGGAAGAGUGUUUGAUGUGUCUCACCAUCUGAGUGGGAUCUUCAGCAUCGAUUAGUCAUACACGAACAUAUACAGAACACACAGAGAAAGAGAUUCAUAUACGUGACACACUACUUUAUCUAUCAUCACCCAUUGUGGAGGCUUAACAUUGACUAACUAGUCAAAUACAGUUUGUCUCUCGUUUUCUACUUUUUUUUUUUUUUUCAAGUGGCCAGGCAUUUCAUUUUUUCUUUUUGAAGAGAACAUAACCACCCCCUCUGUAAAUAUUGUAUCCUCAUAUAAUUAAAAAUUUACUUUCAGGCUUCAACUGACUGAAAAUAAAGAAUACAAGUGUAGAACUGUUUGUACCAACAGUUUUUAAUGUAACAUUUUAUUUGCUUCUUCA